AUGAUUAGUGAUGGUUUUCGUGUUGUUAAUGAAUCUUCAUUAAAUUCGAUUCCUUCAGUGAAAAAGAAUAAUGCUGAAAUCCUGAAAGAAGCAUGGUUCUGGAUAUCUGUACAAUACCAGAGUUGCGCCUUAACAAAAGAAUAUUUAUUAAGCAAUGUAAAUGUGACCAACACACCUAUUUCUGCUCAUGUAAUGUCAUCUACGUUGACAUUAAAUUCUUCUCGUUCACGUAAAAGAAAAAGGCAUUUAGACAAUUUGGGUUCUUUGCUAAGGUCCAGUCCAACACCUGUGGCAACUAUUCGUGAAACAUCGCCAACAAAUAGUUCAAGGCCAUCAAAACGACGGUCAUCAGCUGCCAACACCCUUGACGGCCUGAGGUUGUCAUGUGGAUCAUUUUUAAAUUUCACAAACAGCCCAGAUCAUCCAUCACCUUUGAAACUCCCAAGAGAUCAAGAUUUAGUUAUAAAAGAUAAACCAUUUAGUCCACGAUAUCAAGUUUUCUCUGAAUUAUUACAGACUGAGAUUAACUAUGUGGGGGUGUUAAACACAAUAAUUACUGUGUACAAAGAACCAUUAGAAGACAUUAUAGACAAAAAAGACUGUUUGCUAAAUAAUACUGAAAUUAAAAUUAUAUUUGGAAAUGUUUUACCUAUUUAUCAAGUACAUCGAGAGAUGUUAGAAGAGCUCAAAUGCCUUGCUACAUUGUGGCAAGAAGAUAGUAGUAUAGGAAAUGUUUUCCUUAAAUAUUCCAGUGAGUUAAUGAAAGCUUAUCCACCGUUUGUAAAUUUUUUUGAAAAAACAAGAGAGAUGUUGUUACAGUGUGAUCAAACAAAACCUCUUUUUCAUGCUUUCCUUAAGGUCGGUCAGUUAAGGCCCGAAUGUUGCCGACAGAGUCUACAAGAACUUCUCAUUCGACCCGUGCAACGCUUACCCAGUAUUAGCCUCCUGUUAAAUGAUAUAUUGAAACAUACUGACAAGAAUAACCCUGAUCACCAAGCUCUUAUAUCAGCCUUAGCCAGUAUACGAGAAGUAAUGACUCACAUAAAUGAAGACAAAAGAAAGACCGAAGGUCAAGUUGUACUUUUUGAUAUAUUUAAUGAUAUCGAUAAUUGUCCUCCUCAUUUAGUUUCUUCACAUCGAGUUUAUCACAAAUGUAAAAUUGGCGCAAAUGGGAUGUACGGUACAUAA